AUGUUGGCAGUUUUCGACUUUGAUCAGACAAUAGUUGAUGGCAAUUCUGAUAUCGUUGCUAUUGAUUUAAUAAGUCCUACCAAUCUUGUUCCAAACAGAAAAGAUUUUCCAAAUAAUUGGACUCAAUAUAUGCAACAAGUAUUUGAUAUAAUAAAAACUAUUGAAAUUCCAGCUGAACAAAUAAUAGAUGUUGUAUCUUUAAUGAGGCCCAAUGAUGGUAUGCCAAAAUUAAUGAGAGCGCUUUAUGAAAACAAUGUUGAUAUUAUAGUGGCAUCUGAUUCAAAUUCAUUGUUUAUUCACAACUGGUUAAAACACAAUAAGUUGUCGGAUAUAGUUUCAUGCAUUUAUACAAAUCCAGCAACAAUUUCAGAUAGUGUUAUUAAAAUUGAACCUUAUGCUGUUCAAAACAAAUGCAAUUUUUGUACUACAAAUAUGUGUAAAGGAGCUAUUAUGAAGGAACAUGCAUUGAAUACAAAUAAAAAAUAUGAUAAAAUAUUAUAUUUUGGAGAUGGUCAAAAUGACUUAUGCCCAGUUUUGAAAUUGACUAAAAAUGAUAUUGCCUUUCCAAGGUUGGGUUACAUUUUGGAAAACUUGCUGAAGUCUCAUAUUACACCAGCAAAAGUAAUGCCAUGGUGUACAGGUGAAAAUAUUUAUGAGUUCUUAAAGUCUUCUAAGUUAAUUUCAGCUUAA